AUGGCAGACCGGCUGUGGUCAGACUCACACAGCGAUGGGGAGGUGUCAGCUUUUAGUUAUGUUCCUCGUAUUCGGCGGGGCGGCGGCGGCGGCGGCGGCGGCGGCGGCGGCGCGGCGGUUUGUGAUUAUAUUAUUGUAACUGUUGAGGAUGACAGUGAUGACAAUGAUGAUGUUGAUGUUGUGACAGUGGAAGAUUCUGAAACAGAACCUACUGAGAACACACUUUCCACUGAUGGCAUGUUGACCAUAGAACCAAAUUUUCAAGACAGCAAUGAUAACUAUUGGCAGCUGUCCCAAAUGACAUAUGGAGCAGGUGGUUUACCAGCCCUAGGUGACCAGCCAGUUCCACAAAUGAACCAUCUAGGAAAUUUAAAAAGAUAUAGUUCCAACUCAGAGGAAAUGGAGUUUCUCCCACUGCGCAAAAGAGGACGAUCAUCUUUUCCAAGGGUGGAUAAUAUGGGCUUGCACGAACUUAUUGAAGAUACAAAUAAGCAGGUAAACAACCUUUGUGGAAUGAUUUCAAAAAUGCAGCCUUCUUGGGAGAAAUCACCAUUGCUAAACCAUGGAGAUGGCGGCCCAUCUGGACCAGUGGGAUGGCAGGAGAACCAUGCCUGGCCCAACCCUGCAGGGGCAUCUCUUCAGCCAGCCAUGAUCCCGGAGCUGCAGGAGCUCAAUGAGAGUCCGCCAUUUCCCAGGAUUGUCUCCGCAUAUUCAUUACAGCCCAGUGUCAUACCAGGCAGCUCAGCUCCUGGUCUUGCUGUCCUGUCCUACGAUUUCAAUGAAGGAGGUGAAGGUGCCACCGGGGAUCUCCCCUCUGCCCCUCCUCUGGCUCUACCGACAGCACUUCUGUACCCGGGGGAUCCCCAUGUGGUACACUCCCCUGAGAUGGCCAACCGCUCAGCUGUAUGGGGGCAUAGCCACUCAGGCCCCGACCAGGCCUUGGCUUUCUGCAUCCCUCCUGAUAGCGAAAUGCCAGGACAAGCAGAAGCCAGCUUUGGAAACAGCGCUGAGGCAAUAUAUUACCCAGCUUCAUUGGGAGAUGACGGUGGCCAAGAAUCUGUCUCAUCUGUUUUCAUCCUUCCUAAUUUUGUAAUAGCAGAGACCAGCUUGGAAAACAAUCCUGAGACAACAAAUUACCCAACUUCAUUGGGAAAUAAUAGUAACCAACGUUCUUCAUCUGUCUACCUCCCGCCCAAUUUCGCGGUUGAAAAAUUCAUACUUAUAGAAAUGCCGGAAGAAUCAGAAACCAGCCAGGAAAACAGCUGUGAGACAAUCUAUUACCCAGCUCUAUUGGGAAGUAUCAAUGGUCCAGGUACUGACUCUUCGUCUGUCUCACUCCCACCCAAUUUUGCAUUUGAAAAAGUUGUACUUGCAGAAAUGCCAGAAAAAGAGGAAACCAGCCUGGAAAACAGCUCUCAGACAGUGUAUUACCAAACUUCAUCAGGAAAUGACAGUGGCCCAGCUCUUGAUUCUUCAUCUCUCUCCAUCCCACCCAAUUACGGAAUGUUGGUAAAAGCUCAAACCGGCCCAGAAGAGAACCCUGAGACAAGUUACCCAGUUUUAUUGGAAGACAGCAGUAAUCAAGACAUUUCCUCAUUAUGUUGCAGCAUUCCUCCCACUUUUGAAGUGUUGGUCAAAGCAGAACCCGGCCUGGAAAAUAGCACUCAGAUGACAAAUUACCAACCUCUGCUGGAAAAUGACAGUGGUCAAGAAACUUCAGCAUAUGUCUUCAUCCCUUCCACUUUGGAAUCCAGCACAGAAAUGAGUUCGGAGACAAUGAGUUCUUCAACUGUAAUGAAAAAUGACAACGGCCAAGAUACUGAUUCAGAAUCUUUCUUUCUUGCUCCUGGUUUUGUACUUUUACCUAUAGAAAUAUUGGUAAAAGCGGAAAACAGCGUGGAAAACGUCCCUGAAAUAAUGAAUUACCCAACUGUAUUGGAAAAGGACAAUAGCCAAGAUUCUGUCUCAUCAUCAUUCUGUGUCCCUUCCAGUUUUGGUUAUCUUGGUGAUCCGAAAAGGAAUGUCAAGGUGCUUAAUGUUAAUUUGGUGGCUGCCAAAAAGAAGACCCAUCCUAGGCAUGCAGCCCGCUACUUGGUUCAUCUUUUGUUCUCCAAGGAAGUUCUGAUGCACAGCUGGGUCGGUGUCAAUUCCCAAGGCCGCCAACCUCUGGAUCCAAACAAAAUGGCAGCAAUAAGAGAAUAUCUGGCAGCAAAUUUUCCCAAGUAUGAUUUGAGUGAACGUGGAAAAGACUGGAAAACCUGUGUUGCCGAUAUCAAUUCUCUGAUCUACUGUUUAUGUGCUGAAGCCGACACAACACCGCAGAAAACUGGUGGCAGCAAUAAAGGCCCUGCCAGUCUUGGCAUACCAGCGUCUGCAGUUCUGAAUGGUAGAAGGGGUGAUGAAGCCGGUGAAAGCAGCUCCCGGUUAUCUCGGCGAACAGCUGCCUCAGAAACAAGAGAAAAUGGGAAUUCUCAGUGGAACAGCAGCGUUUGCCCUCAAGGAAUUAUAGAGCCUUCUAUUGAGAAUUCAGUGGUAUCUUAUGAAGCACUGGAAUAUCUUGGAAAUCCGGGUAGAAAUAUACGGUUGCCACAUUCAGUACUGAAUGUAGCCAAAGGGAAGUCUCGCCCAGAGCUGGCAGCAAGAUACCUUAUUCGCAACCUGUUCACAGAGGAAGUCUUGAUAAAAAGUAACGUCUAUGGCAAUAUGGGGCAUGGCAUGUAUGCCCUUAACCCCAACAGGAUUAACGCUCUUCGAGAAUUUCUUCAAGAAAUCUACCCGACUUGCAGUCUCUCAGAAACAGGAUAUGACUGGAAGUUGUGUGUGACAGCUAUCAAUAGCUCCAUCCGCAGUCUUCGAUAUGACCUCAAGAAGUCCACAUCCAAACCGUAAUGGCUUUCAGCAACAACUCCUCCAACAGAGUCAGAGAUACUGACCGAAGUACUUGAAUGCCAGCCACCCUACAUUUGUUUUUUAUUGUUGUAU